UCUCUCCUACAGAAAAGAAAAAGAAAAAAAUGUCAUUAGAAGAGGCGUAACACGUCAGUCCGUCCCCAGGUUUGUGUUUCCUGGAGUGGCAGAAAGAGAUCAGUCCUAACCUGCCCAGCAGGAAUAACGGUCCUUCCGACAACUCUUUGCAAGGCUUUUUACAAAUUCUCCAGGAACUGCAUCUCCCUUCACCUUUUCUCCUCCACUUCGCGGCUUCUUCAUGCUUUUUCUUCUCACCAUUUCUGGCCAAAACUACAAACAAGACUUCGCAGAGUCUGCGUGCUGCUGAAUCAGGGAGUCGAGUCCAUGCGAACUGCCAUCUGAUCCACUCUUAUCAAUGAAGCAGCAGAUCAUGGCGGAUGGCCCCAGGUGUAAGAGGCGAAAACAAGCCAAUCCAAGAAGGAAAAACGUAGUGAACUAUGAGAAUGUAGUGGAAACAGGUUCAGAAACAGAUGAGGAGGACAAGCUCCAUAUUGCUGAAGAUGACAGUAUUAUAAAUACGCUGGACCAGGAAACUAGCCCAGCUAGUGUGCCCAACCAUGAGUCUUCCCCACAUGUGAGCCAAGCACUGUUGCCAAGAGAUGAAGAGGAGGAUGAGAUGAGGGAAAGCGGAGUAGAUCACACCUGGCACAACAGUGAGAUCCUGCAAGCCUCUGUAGAUGGUCCAGAAGAAAUGAAGGAGGAAUAUGACACUAUGGGGCCUGAAGCCGCAAUUCAGACCACUGGAAACAAUGGUACAGUUAAGAAUGCAAAUUGCACGUCGGACUUUGAGGAAUAUUUUGCCAAAAGGAAACUGGAGGAAGGAGAUGGGCAUGCAGUCAGCAUAGCAGAGUACCUACAGCGCAGUGACACAGCCAUUAUUUACCCAGAAGCCCCUGAAGAACUGUCUCGCCUUGGCACUCCAGAGGCCAAUGGGCAAGAAGAAAAUGACCUGCCACCUGGAACUCCAGAUGCUUUUGCCCAACUGCUGACCUGCCCCUACUGCGACCGGGGCUACAAGCGUUUGACAUCACUGAAGGAGCACAUCAAGUACCGUCACGAGAAGAAUGAGGAGAACUUUUCUUGCCCUCUGUGUAGCUACACGUUUGCCUACCGCACCCAGCUCGAGCGGCAUAUGGUGACACACAAGCCAGGGACAGAUCAGAAAACUCUUGGUUCCUCUUUCAUAAAAUUCAUAUCAGAAUCUUUUCUCUCCAAGCACCAAAUGCUGACCCAAGGAGCAGGCAAUCGCAAGUUCAAAUGCACUGAGUGUGGCAAGGCCUUCAAAUAUAAACACCAUCUGAAGGAACACCUGCGAAUUCACAGUGGUGAGAAACCAUAUGAGUGUCCAAACUGCAAGAAACGUUUCUCCCAUUCUGGCUCCUACAGUUCGCACAUCAGCAGCAAGAAAUGUAUUGGCUUAAUCUCUGUAAAUGGCAGAAUGAGAAACAAUAUCAAGACGGGUUCUUCUCCUAAUUCUGUAUCUUCCUCUCCUACUAAUUCAGCCAUUACACAGCUGAGAAACAAGCUGGAGAACGGCAAACCACUUAGUAUGUCUGAGCAAACAGGCUUACUGAAAAUUAAAACAGAACCACUAGAUUUCAAUGAAUACAAGGUUCUUAUGGCCACACAUGGGUUUAGUGGAGCUAGUCCUUUUAUGAAUGGUGGACUUGGAGCAACCAGCCCAUUAGGAGUUCAUGCUUCUGCUCAAAGUCCAAUGCAGCACUUAGGUGUAGGGAUGGAAACAUCACUACUUGGGUUUCCUGCAAUAGGCAGUAAUUUAAGUGAGGUGCAGAAGGUCCUACAGAUUGUGGACAACACGGUUUCCAGGCAGAAAAUGGACUGCAAGGCUGAAGAGAUCUCAAAGCUGAAGGGUUAUCACAUGAAGGAUCAAUGCCCUCAAACCGAGGAACAAGGAGUUACUUCCCCUAAUAUUCCACCAGUGGGUCUUCCAGUAGUGAGUCAUAAUGGUGCCACUAAAAGUAUUAUUGACUAUACAUUAGAAAAAGUCAAUGAAGCCAAAGCUUGUCUCCAGAGCUUGACCACAGACUCAAGGAGGCAGCUCAGUAAUAUUAAAAAAGAGAAGCUGCGUACCCUAAUAGAUCUGGUAACUGAAGAUAAGAUGAUAGAGAACCACAAUAUAUCCACUCCAUUUUCAUGCCAGUUCUGUAAAGAAAGCUUUCCUGGUCCCAUUCCCCUGCAUCAGCAUGAGCGUUACCUGUGUAAGAUGAAUGAAGAAAUCAAGGCAGUCCUUCAACCUCAUGAAAACAUGGUACCCAACAAACCUGGAGUGUUUGUUGAUAAGCAAGCCCUCCUGUUGUCAUCAGUACUUUCUGAGAAAGGAAUGACUAGCCCCAUCAAUUCAUACAAGGACCACAUGUCUGUACUUAAAGCAUAUUAUGCUAUGAAUAUGGAACCCAACUCUGAUGAACUACUGAAAAUUUCCAUUGCCGUUGGCCUUCCUCAGGAAUUUGUGAAGGAAUGGUUUGAACAAAGAAAAUUCUACCAGUAUUCAAGUUCCAGGUCACCAUCACUGGAAAGGACCAGUGCCAAGGCGGUGCUGGCUGCCACUAACACUCCCACUAAAGACUCUUUGUCAGCCAGAUCUCCAAUAAAGCCUGUGGACUCUAUAACUUCACCAUCUAUAGCUGAACUCCACAACAGUAUUACUAAUUGUGAUACUCCUCUCAGGCUAACAAAACCUACACAUUUUACCAAUAUUAAACCAGUUGAUAAAUUGGACCACUCCAGGAGCAAUACUCCUUCUCCUUUAAAUCUUUCUUCCACAUCUUCUAAAAACUCCCAUAGCAGUUCUUACACUCCAAACAGUUUCUCCUCUGAGGAGCUUCAGGCUGAGCCUUUGGACUUGUCUUUACCAAAACAAAUGAAGGAACCCAAAAGUGUUAUAGCCACAAAGAACAAAACAAAAUCUAGUAGCAUAAAUUUAGACCACAACAGUGUUUCUUCAUCAUCUGAAAAUUCAGAUGAGCCGCUGAACUUGACUUUUAUCAAGAAGGAGUUUUCUAAUUCAAAUAAUCUGGAUAAAAGCACUAACCCAGUGUUUGGUUUGAACCCAUUUAGUGCCAAACCUUUAUACACAACACUCCCACCACAAAGCGCAUUUCCUCCGGCCACUUUUAUGCCACCAGUCCAGACCAGUAUUCCUGGGCUGCGACCAUACCCAGGACUAGAUCAAAUGAGCUUCCUACCACAUAUGGCCUAUACUUAUCCAACUGGAGCAGCUACUUUUGCUGAUAUGCAGCAAAGGAGAAAGUUCCAGCGGAAACAAGGAUUUCAGGGAGAAUUGCUUGAUGGAACACCAGACUACAUGUCAGGCCUAGACGACAUGACAGACUCUGACUCCUGUCUGUCCCGAAAGAAGAUCAAGAAGACAGAAAGUGGCAUGUAUGCAUGUGACUUAUGUGACAAAACAUUCCAGAAAAGCAGUUCCCUUCUGCGACACAAAUAUGAGCACACAGGAAAAAGACCACAUCAGUGUCAGAUUUGCAAGAAAGCAUUUAAACACAAGCAUCACCUUAUCGAGCAUUCACGACUGCAUUCGGGCGAAAAGCCCUACCAGUGUGACAAAUGUGGCAAACGCUUCUCACACUCUGGGUCUUACUCGCAACACAUGAAUCACAGGUAUUCCUACUGUAAGAGGGAGGCAGAGGAGAGGGAAGCGGCUGAGAGGGAAGCCCGAGAAAAGGGUCACUUGGAACCCACAGAGCUACUGAUGAACCGGGCCUAUUUACAGAGCAUUACUCCUCAGGGGUACUCUGACUCAGAGGAGAGAGAGAGUAUGCCAAGGGAUGGCGAAAGCGAAAAGGAGCAUGAGAAGGAAGGAGAAGAUGGGUAUGAGAAGCUAGGAAGACAGGAUGGGGAUGAGGAAUUUGAAGAAGAAGAGGAAGAGAGUGAAAAUAAAAGUAUGGAUACAGAUCCAGACACGAUAAGAGAUGAAGAGGAGACCGGAGAACAUUCAAUGGACGAUAGUUCAGAAGAUGGGAAAAUGGAAACCAAAUCAGAUCACGAAGAAGACAAUAUGGAAGAUGGCAUGUAAUAAACUACUG